AUCAACCAAUCACAAAAGCAACUUUCACCGAACACAUUACAACAGUAAAAAAAAGACAUGGAUGAUCAAGAGAAAGCUGAUCUAGAACGCAUUUUUAAGCGAUUCGAUGCCAAUGGGGACGGCAAGAUCUCAUCAGCGGAGCUUGGGGAUGCCUUGAAGACGCUCGGAUCGGUCACGCCGGAAGAAGUUUCGAGGAUGAUGAGCGAGAUCGACACCGACGGAGAUGGCUUUAUUUCCUAUGACGAGUACAUUGCAUUCGCAUCUGCCAACCGUGGCCUAAUGAAAGAUGUUGCUAAAAUAUUUUAAUUUUUUUAUUAUAAAUCAUUUGCAAAUGAUUCACUAAUUAGUGAAAUUUCAAUUUUUUUUACUCGAGAAGUUGUGGGUAGUUAAACUGUAACCUCAUGUAUUUGAUUGCUUUCGGUCUCUUGGUUCUUGCUUCUCAAGUGUAAGAUCUUUUGUUUUCCCUUUUUUGGUGUGUUUGCUUACUUGGGCAAGCUUAUCUAAUGAAUGAGCUGCAGUGUCGUAAA